AUGGAGAUCGGAGAUAUUCUCAAAGAUCUCGAACGGAACGUCAACGAUGGAAGAUCCUCGCGAUUCAACCUCCUCGAACAAAAACAACAAGAUUUUGCCAAACUCAACCAGACCUGGAUCUCUGAAAGAACCGCCCCUGAGCUUCUACCGUACCAGAAAGAACUAGUGGACUCCACGUUGGUGCGACUUCGAGACCAGGUAGAAAUCAUCGAGAUCAACCUGAUCGAACUUGAAACCACCGAUGCCGAUAUCAAAUUGAAAUUAUUAAUCAUUGAAAACGAGAUUGAAAGAAUCAACUUUAUCAUUCGAUCGUACCUUCGCUGCCGGUUGGCGAAAAUCGAUAAAUUUGCCGCGUACAUCAGUUACAACUCGCAAACCAUGAUUGAUCGAUUGUCCGAUGGGGAAAUUGACUAUAUGACCCAACACAUGAAGCUAUUACAAGAAUUAUACUCGAAAUGUUUUUUGCAAGACCUUCCUGAUCAUUUACAAUUGUUGGAUGAUACCUCGGGAGGGAUUUCCAUGAUCACCGAGCCGAACUUUGAUAAAUUUGUGUUCAUCAAAGUGGUCACCGGGGAUGCCAAACCAGUACGGUUCAACGAUCACGAAAUUGUAUUGGAAAAAGAUGAUAUUCACACAAUACAGUAUAAAUAUAUUAUGAAACAAUUACAGCAAGGAGAUGUGGUGUUAAUAUGA